GGAAAAAUACCAUUCCACUUAAUAGAAGAAGCGAACGUGCGUGUAGAAACUUGAGACGAACCAUUCCUUCCUUUCACCAAUCCCUCUAUCUCUCUUACACACAAUCAUCAACAUAACAUGAAUCCCUUAUUACGGCAGCAGUCGCCACCAGCAGAACGAUAUCGACCCCUAGUAUUCCUGGUCGCGAUCCCAGGCCUCAUUGUACUUGCAAUGCUGGCAUGGUCAUUUCGAAACGACACAGUGCUCAUGUUGCCAUCGACCACGACAUUGCACAAAAACCUGGUGUAUUACCGAGGGCAGCCUUUAAACCAUGAUAUCACCGAAGAUGUCUGUACUAUUGAAGCAUUCAACAAAGGAAAAUGGGAGCAUCAGCCCAUCAAAGCCAAAGAUGAAAAAUCUUUCGAGAAAGGAACGAACUAUCAUUGCCACGCCAAGUUUGCCCAUCAGUGUUAUAAGCGUAACAAGCACGAAUUGGAUCGUAAUAAGCAUAUUGUCGAUUAUACUUGGAAGCCCUCAGAAUGCAGUGUGCUUCGAAUGGAUCCACAUGCACUCGCUGAGCACUUAUCCGAACAUCCACUCCUCUUGAUCGGCGACUCAAUUACGCAGCUCCAGUAUGAAAGUUUAGGAUGUCUCCUAGGCGAGCACCUUCGUCUUCCCAAGAAAACCGAAAAGGUGCUUACAGGUGGCAAUCCUGACAUUAAAGUGAACCAGUUGGUUUACAAAAACGAACAGGGUGAUAAGGCACUUGCUGUGGCGUUUCUCCGGUCAGAUAAUCUGGUGCGUUUGGGAGAUUACAAAGUACUGGAACCUGAGGAGGACCAAGGCAGCCUAUUAAGCAAAGGCAGCAACUUUCCUUGGCGUCACUUGUUACCCUACUUUGACUACAUCGUAAUUAACACUGGCCCGCAUUGGCGCUCGGAUCUCAAAUUUGGACCUAGUCGUUCUCAAGAAGAACUUUUAGAAGGAUACACGGCAGCUAUGAAUUCUGUGUUUCAAGCUCUGAAGCAGGAUGUGGAGCCGCAUCAGCGGGUGUGGUUACGCACUACCCCUUUUGGACACACCGAAUGCUCACAAUACUCCGACCCUCUUGAUACCAUUGUGAAGCCAUCAGUUAAGCCGUAUGAAUGGAAUAUGUUUGAGCAAUUCAAUGAAAUUUACAGAAACUGGAUUACUGCGCAGGACGAUGAACGCUUCCAGCUACUUGAUGUAUCGUUUACGGAUUACCGUGGUCCUGUGGACGAUUGGAAUAGACUCCUAUAUCAUGAAAUCGCCAAACUCACAUAUGCUUCAUACAACGAAACCAUCAACAGCUUAUAG